UUACGGUAUAUAUUUAAGAUGCUUUGCGCACCCUCGUUAGUAAUCGUUCCGUCAGCAACAGCUUUGGAUAUCAGGAUGGCCUCUGCUCUGCAAGUGUCGGCGGUGGUCCUUGCAGUCCUGAGCGUCGUGCAGUCCUCAGCCGAUCCCUGGCUGUGGGAUAAGGGGAAGGGAGGUGGAUACGACGGCGGAUACGGAGGUGGAUACGGAGGUGGCUAUGGGGGUGGACACGGAGGUGGAUAUGGAGGUGGAUAUGGAGGUGGAUAUGGCCACAAAGGGAAGCUGAUUAUUAAAUGCAAGGGGUAUUGUGGUGGAUAUGGAUACGGUGGAGGGGGAGGUGGGUAUGGCCACGGAGGAGGUGGAUAUGGCCAUAGUGGUGGGUAUGGCCAUAAAGGUAAAGGUUAUGGCGAUAAGGGAAAAGGGUAUGGCCAUGGCGGAGGUGGAUAUGGCCAUGGCGGAGGUGGAUAUGGCUAUGAUAUGCCACGGGGAGGUGGAUAUGGCCACGGAGGAGGUGGAUAUGGCCACGCCACGGUGGAGGUGGAUAUGGCCACGGAGGGGGUGGAUAUGGCCACGGAGGAGGUGGAUAUGGCCAUAAAGGAAAGGGAUAUGGCUAUGGUGGCGGAUAUGGCCACGAUGAUGGAUAUGACCACAAAGGAAAGGGAUAUGGCCACGAUGACUAUGGAGGUUAUGGUGGAUAUGGCCACGGUGGAAAAGGAUACGGCUACGGAAGUUACGGUUAUCACUGAGAGCUGCAUGUUGUAUUUCCUCUUGGUUGUAUUAUCACGUUUAAUGUGAACGAAUGUAUGAAGAAGUCCCCCUUGGCCACUAUCUCCGUUUUCUCUUACAAACAAUAAUGCAUGUCCAUCCUCGCUAUUCUUCAACGUGUUAAUGGUGGCUUAAUUUUUAUCACGGCCUAUAUUUCUCUCUCUCUCUCUCUCUCUCUCUCUCUCUCUCUCUCUCUCUCUCUCUCUCUCUCUCUCUCUCUCU